AGAAUCUUUCAUCUCCUUUGAAAAAGCAAAAACGAGUCGCAUCUGGUGAGGAAUUAUUGUCGAGGUUUUGGUUUUUAGUUUAAAAGAAUUUGUCCUCAUCAGAAUAUCUAUAGUAAAUAGGGCUACACUGUUAAUUGCUAAGUUGCUCCUGCUGAAAUUGCUAAGAAAUGAUACUAAGGCCCCAGGCCUGUCUGGGUCAUCAUUGUUUUGAGUUGCUCUGACCUCAGAGGAAAGGUACCUCUUCUACAGGAGGUAGGAGGAACCCUCUGGUUGCUUAGGAUGAUCCAGGCCCCAAGGGAAACAGAUAAUAGAUUUGGUUCUUCUAUAUGCACACAAUCAAAAUACCCAAUAACCUGGGGAUCCAGCCCAGGUCUGCGUAGAGUGUGGUUUGUGACACGCAGCAGGAGAAGCAAGGCUCCCCUCGGCAGCUGGCAGUCUGAUAGGGAGGGGUCUGACAGUCCCUCAGUAGAGGUGAGAGUGUAGCAUUGGCCCAGCAGGACAGUGGUCCUUGUGGGCUGAGUCUAGGGCAAAAGCAUCUUAGAGGUCUAGGUAUUUUGGAGUCAAGAUGAAUCUGGUCUUUGGUGGAAAAAGAAAUGCUCUCCUUUUGGUACUUCUCUCCAAAAUGUCCAUUCCUUUCUUUGGCUUAUAGCUGCUGAGUUCAGGGGUGUUAGAGCAAGCUUAGGAGUCCCUGGGUGGUGCUGAGGGUUAGGUGCUUGACUGCUAGCCAAAAGGUUGGUGGUUCGAACCCAUCUAGAGGUGUACCUUGGAAGAUAGGCCUGGCAAUCUGCUUCUGAAAGAUCACAGCCUUGAAAACCCUGUGGAACAGUUCAGCUCUGCACAAAACCAUAUCAAAAGACCAAAAUUCGUUUGCUAUUACCAUAAGUCGGAAUCGAGGACAACAACAGUUCCAAGAGGGUGAGCUUGGUAGGGAUUGCAGUAGAAAAUUCUUAAGGUUUGGACUGGUGUCUUUGAGCUAAGUUAUGAUGUUGAAGUGAGAUGUAAUGCUCUGCUUGUGUGCCACACUGUUCGUGUGAUCCUCUGGCCUUCUUCAGCUGCAAAGACCAUGCACUGGCCCUAGACAGGUAGCCGUUGUAGGCAGGGCCAUUUCUGUUUCUUUACUCUUUUAACUGUUCUUGUUUGUGUAGCUUUUUCUUUCUUUAAAAGAAUAGGGUCUGAUUUGGGAGAAAUGCUUCAUAAUUUUUAUCUAGCAACUGAAGGUGCCCUUAUCCAGAAAACCCUCCAGCGUAUCCUCCACAGGGCUCAGCGCUUAUCCAUGUUGUUGUGUAAAAUGUUCACCUGGAUUUCAACCUAGCCAUGUGCAAAGACCUAGAGCUGUGUUCUGGAGAAUUCUGAGCUAUGCACUGAAAAGGAAACAGCCUACUCAGAAGUCCCAUUGGGUUAUUCUUUCUGGGCUAAUUUAACAAAGUGGUAAUAGCAAAACAAAUUUUGGUCCUUUGAUGUGGUUUUCUUGUUCCAUGGUUGAUUGAAAGCGAGCCAGUUUUGUAGUAACUCAAAUUUAAAAUGAAGUGUGUUAUGAGUAUUUUUUCGUCUGGACCCAGGAAACAAAUCAUUAAAGUCUCUCUGGCCUGAGAAAGGAAAUGAAUGCUAUUUAUAUGUCAGGAUAGCCUAAAGGGUAACCUAGAUUCCCACAGUAGAAGCCAGAGAGAAUGGUGGAAAAGUAGCCCUUGGGCUGGUUGGUUUCAUCCCUCUCCCUCCUUUCUCUCUCUUUCUCGCAGUCUCUCUCCCAGAAGUUCUGCGAUCUUGCUCUCAGUAUGAAUAAGUAAAGUCUGUGUGACCAGCAUAUCCUUGUAGCAUCGAGAAAGUGAAUCUGCUUCUGUUUAUCCUGUAGGUAAAAUAUCCCCCAUCACCUCCACCUUUGGGGAGCUCUGCAGGCUCCUAAGCAAAUGAAUUUAUUUUGGGUCAUUUUGUUUCGUUAAACAAAAGAGAACUUGUUUGUUUCUUCCUCUUGUUUUUCCUCCUUCCACUUUCCUUCUUGUCCCAUUUAAUCUGAUGUUUGUUUCUCUACAGCAGAAUUCCCUGAAGACUUUUUUUUUUCCCUUCUGAAAAGAGUUUGUUUUGGAAUUCUGCAGUGGGGAGUCUAGAGCAAGAGAGGUGGUGACCCACAGCAUUCGUUUGGAAGGGAGCUUUGCACAGAAGAAAUCCUCAGGGAUGGACAGUACAGGAAGAGCGAGGCAUCAGCCUUUAUUAGAGGGAAGACGGUGUUGGGACAUAGAAGCUAGCUGACUUGCAUGUUUUCCUUUGCUGCUUAAAAUAUACUGUACCAGUUUUAUAGCCUUUACUGGCUGAUGCAUGUGUCAACUGAAGCUCGCAAAUGUGAACGAGGACAGGCCUUCUUUGUUCGGAAUGCUGAUGAUGAGGGUCAGAACAGAGGGUAUGUCUAAGUGAAUGAGGAUGUGGAUAUUUUCACUUUUAUUUUCAGUUUUGCUCUUUGGUGCAGUAUUAGACAUCUCCCUUGACUUUUACCUUUCAUCUGUAAGAGAGUAAUUGCCUCCCGGAAGGUCAAACAGGACCUAAAACCCAUUGACACAGAGUCGAUUCCGACACAUAGUGACCUUACAGGACAGAGGAGUGCCUAGCAGAUUCACACUGCUGACCUUUUGGUUAGCAGCCAUAGCUCUUAACCACUGUGCCACCAGGGUUUCCAGUCAGAACCUAAGGAGUGCUAAAUUAUUUACGGGCUCUUUCCUUUGGGUGAUGCAUGCAGUUAAUGCGGAAGGCUGCUAACCACAAGGUUUAAUGUUCGAGUCUACCCAGAGGUGCCUCAGAAGAAAGGCCUGGUGAUCUACGUCUGAAAAAUCAGCUAUUGAAAACCCCAUGGAGCACAGUUCUACUCUGACACACACAGAGUCGCCUUAGGUGGGAAUCGACGCUAUGGCGACUGUUUUUUUUUUUUUUUCCUUGAGUUUGGGAAGCACAGUUGGAAAUUGCAAAUGCCUACUUCUGAGAAUUUAGAAAUGCCCUCUUCAGGUCCCGUCCUAGGUGUGUUUCUUACAGGUGGUUCUAACAUUGACAAUUCGAGGCCAAAUGGGAAAGGUGUGCUUGGAGACCAAGGCUCCUGGAGCCAGGAUAAACCAGAAAACGUGUUCACAAGACAGAAUAAAUCCAAGUCUGAAAUUACCGACAUGGUUCGCUCUUCUACUAUCACAGUGUCAGACAAGGCUCAUAUUUUAUCAAUGCAGAAGUUUGGACUGCGAGAUACAAUUGUGAAAUCACAGCUAGUACAGAAAGAAGAGGAUUAUACCUAUCUUCAAAACUUCAGGUUCUUUGUGGGAACAUACAAUGUGAACGGACAGUCCCCCAAAGAAUGCCUCCAGCCGUGGCUAAGCCAUGAUAUCCAGGCUCCAGAUGUGUACUGUGUCGGGUUCCAAGAGCUCGAUCUGAGUAAGGAAGCCUUUUUCUUUCAUGAUACCCCAAAGGAGGAAGAGUGGUUUAAAGCUGUAUCAGAUGGUCUUCAUCCAGAUGCCAAAUAUGCAAAGGUGAAGCUCAUCCGACUGGUUGGGAUCAUGCUGCUGCUAUAUGUCAAGCAAGAACAUGCAGCACACAUCUCAGAAGUGGAAGCGGAGACUGUGGGGACAGGAAUCAUGGGGAGAAUGGGUAACAAAGGAGGCGUGGCGAUCAGGUUCCGGUUCCACAAUACCAGCAUCUGCGUUGUGAAUUCUCACUUGGCAGCCCACACCGAAGAGUAUGAGAGGAGGAACCAGGACUAUAAAGACAUCUGUUCCCGAAUGCAGUUUUGUCAGGUUGAUCCAAGCCUGCCCCCUCUCACCAUUAACAAGCAUGACGUGAUUCUGUGGCUGGGGGACCUCAACUACAGGAUAGAAGAACUGGAUGUGGAGAAAGUGAAAAAGCUCAUCGAAGAGAAGGCCUUUCAAACCCUGCAUGCCUAUGAUCAGUUGAAAAAUCAAGUGGCUGCCAAGGCUGUCUUUGAAGGCUUCACAGAGGGUGAGCUCACGUUCCAGCCUACUUAUAAGUAUGAUACUGGCUGUGACGACUGGGAUACCAGUGAGAAGUGUCGUGCGCCUGCCUGGUGUGACCGGGUCCUCUGGAAAGGGAAGAACAUCACUCAGCUGAGUUACCAGAGCCACAUGGCCCUGAAGACCAGUGACCAUAAGCCCGUCAGCUCCAUGUUUGAUAUUGGGGUGAGGGUUGUAAAUGAAGAGCUUUACCGCAAGACUCUGGAGACUAUCGUUCGCUCCCUGGAUAAGAUGGAAAAUGCCAACAUUCCUUCUGUAUCUCUCUCCAAACGAGAGUUCUGUUUUCAGAAUGUGAAGUACAUGCAGUUGCAAGUAGAAUCCUUCAGAAUUCGUAAUGGACAAGUACCCUGUCAGUUUGAAUUCAUCAACAAGCCUGAUGAAGAGUCCUACUGUAAGCAGUGGUUGAAUGCCAAUCCCAGCAGAGGGUUCCUCCUGCCAGAUUCUGACAUUGAGAUUGAAUUGGAGCUAUUUGUAAAUAAGACCACGGCUAAAAAGCUCAACUCAGGUGAAGACAAAAUUGAGGACAUUCUGGUUUUGCACUUGGACAGGGGAAAGGAUUACUUUUUGUCUGUGUCUGGGAACUACCUGCCCAGCUGUUUUGGGUCUCCGCUUCACACAUUGUGCUACAUGAGGGAGCCGAUCUUGGACCUACCACUUAAAACUAUUAGAGAGCUGACCCUGAUGCCAGUACAGACUGAAGAUGAUGGGAGCCUGUUAGAGAACCCCAUGGAAAUCCCCAAAGAGCUCUGGAUGAUGGUUGAUUACCUCUACCGAAAUGCUGUCCAGCAGGAAGAUCUGUUUCAGCAGCCUGGCCUAAGGUCGGAAUUUGAGCAUAUCAGGGACUGUUUGGAUACUGGAAUGAUUGACACCCUCUCUGCUAACAAUCAUUCCGUAGCCGAGGCCUUGCUGCUUUUCCUUGAGAGCCUGCCAGAGCCUGUCAUCUGUCACAGCGCCUACCAUAGCUGCUUGGAGUGUUCUGGCAACUACACAGCAAGUAAACAGGUCAUUUCUACUCUCCCCACAUUCCACAAAAAUGUCUUCAACUACUUGAUGGCGUUUUUGCAAGAAUUGCUGAAAAAUUCAGCAAAAAAUCAUUUGGAUGAGAAUAUUCUAGCUAGCAUAUUUGGCAGUUUGCUGCUUCGAAACCCAGCUGGUCACCAAAAGCUUGACAUGGCAGAGAAGAAGAAGGCUCAAGAAUUUAUUCACCAGUUCCUCUGCAACUCAGCCUGAGCCUAUUUCCUCUCCUGUUUUAUCAGAGGCAGCCAUUACAAGCCCCACCUGUUUCAGCUCAAGGGCUGCCUUUAGAGGGUGUGAGGCCCCUUGGAAGCAAGAAUUGGCAGCUGCAUGUUUCCUGAGCCCAGAACCUCAUGACUAGCACACUCCGUGCUACUGUUGUGAAGACAUAGGGGAACAUCUACCACAAUAAAACUGACAUUCAAUGUUCAACUUUUGUUACUUAACACAGAUAUAUCUCUAUUUUAUUUUAUUUUUAAAAUAUAAAAAAUAACUGUACUUCUUGUGCUCAAUCAGCCUGCCUCCAGGGCAAAGUCAGUGUCUUCCCUGUGGCCUGGGCUGAGCUCCCAUGGUCAGAUAUCAUUUAAACAAACUUUGGAGUCCUCAAAGGAGAGCGAGUUGGAUGGCAAGAAUGCAAGUGGAAGCUUCUGGACAGACAGACCACAACCACCCCAGAUGCUUCCAGUGCUUCGUCUGAGGACAUGUGUAUAUGCAUAUGCAGAUCCUAGACCUCUACCUACUCAAAAGUGGCUCAGUAACUCUGAGGCUGGCCACUGGAGACAGCACAGUGUCUUGAAAAUGAAAACAGAAGAAAUCGGUGUUCUCAUGAAACAAGUGGAAUUUUCUGGACCAGCAAAUCCUCCAAACUGUAUAUAAUGCAUCCCUUCUCUCAAAUGUAUAUUUUGAUGAUAA